AUGUCCAAUGCCGACGUCUCCGGCUCGGUGCUGUCGAUAAUCGCGGCGUUUACCAGCGGACUCGAUAUCUUCAAGAAGCUCGCCGAGAGGCGGAAGAGCAGGAAGAGCAAACAUGCCCAUCCGCGGCCCGUGCAGCAGAGCCAUGAGGAGCUGCAGCUGGCCAACUCGCUGAGGAGAGGGCCGAUAGACAUCCAACGGGAGUACGAGCGCAACGUCGCUGGAGCUGGAUGGCGAUUUGCCCAAGGCGAUGCAAUUGCGCAAGCAUCGCUCGCCGAAACCCUCCUCAAACUCAACACCGGCCUCGUAGGCAUCAUCACAUCCUUCCUAAGCGGCGACAAAAACGAUGUACGCCUUGACUACAAGUCGCUGGCCACGCUUUCCGAUGACUCCAGGGUGGACGCUGUCAACACGCUGAGCCACCUAUACCAUCGGCUGUCGCAGUCGGAUCUCAUGCUAUACCAGCCCAAACCUGGCUGCGCACAAUGUGGCAGCCUGAAGCACGAUGACUGCUCCCCAAGCGCAAAAAAGCCCGGCGCAGGGCAGCGGACCAAGAAGCAACCUGCAUUUAAGCCGCCACAAGCCCGACCGCCGCCCAAGAGUAUGGUAAAGACCGAGUAUGUCAUAGUUCGGCGACCACGCAACAAGAGGGCUACAUCAUCGUCAACUGCCAGUUCAAACGUCUCCGCUGGAUCUGCUCCAUCAUCCAAGUCUGCCGCGUCAACAGCACCAACAACGCCCUGCACAUCUCCUCUCCCAUCCCCGGAUAUCGCAACGAGCUACCCGUUUCCAGCUCUACCGCUGAGCCCGCGGCAGGACACAAGACCGUCCAACCCUCCACCAGCCUACUCUCGCAACCCCAUAUCGCAGCAGCGCACCGAGACCUGGGCGGCAGCGCAUGCCAUCUCCGAGCUGCCCGCGCACACUGCAGCCCCCAGCCCCCCACUACCAGAAAAACCACUCGCGCCAAUCGCGCACCCACAACCUCAUCCCAUCGUCCCCCCCAAACCACCAGAGCUGCGCUCAACGCCUACUCAGCCAACAGGUAUUCCGCUCGCCGCCCGCCGACUGAACAAGCAGACCCUGUCCACCUACACGUUCGCGUCCGACAGCACAAAGCUCGGCGAGAUUCCCAUGCGGAAGUGGAUCGAGCCAUACGACUUCGUGGCGAUGGAGAAGCUGAACGAAGAGGCGAAGGAGACGGGCUGGGUGCCGCCGCACGCGGUUCCGGCGCCGAGGCCGAGGAGGGGUUUGUUCAGGUUUUUCAGACGGUGA